AAACAAAUGGUGCGUUCUACUCGAAGUAGAAGAAGCGAUAUAGUCACCUUCCAAAGAAAAUUGAAAGUAAAUGGCGGAAGAAAUCAAAGCGGAGAGGAGUCACGAUCAACAUCUCCUCGUACCUGAAGAAGAUACUGCUGCUUCUACUCGGAGGAGCCUCGCCGGAAACAGAGCAAGACUUGCUUCUCUCGACAUCUUCCGCGGCCUCACUGUCGCCGUACGCAUCUCUUUCUUCUCUCUCUAUCUCUCUACUUGUGCGAAUUUCCAGCUUAUAAAGCUUUUAACGAAGCAGUUGAUGAUUCUCGUGGAUGACGCCGGAGGAGAUUGGCCAAUGAUUGGGCAUGCUCCAUGGAACGGCUGCAAUUUAGCUGAUUUCGUCAUGCCUUUCUUUUUGUUCAUCGUUGGUGUCUCCAUCGCUCUUUCCUUAAAGAGAAUUUCGAACAAAUUUGAAGCUUGUAAGAAGGUGGGUUUUAGGACUUGCAAGCUUCUCUUCUGGAGUCUUCUACUUCAGGGUGGAUUCUCUCAUGCUCCUGAUGAAUUAAGCUAUGGUGUUGAUGUAACUAUGAUGAGGUUUUGUGGGAUUCUCCAGAGAAUAGCUUUAUCCUACUUGGUAGUAGCAUUGGUUGAGAUCUUCACAAAGGACUCACAUGAGGAGAAUCUGUCAACUGGAAGGUUCUCAAUAUUCAAGUCAUAUUAUUGGCAUUGGAUUGUGGGUGUAUCAGUUCUCGUGAUUUAUCUGGCUACACUCUAUGGAACUUACGUUCCUGACUGGGAAUUUGUUGUUUAUGAUAAAGAUAGCAUUCUGUACGGGAAUUCUCAAUCUGUAACAUGUGGAGUGAGAGGAAAGCUAAACCCUCCUUGCAAUGCUGUUGGAUAUGUUGACAGACAAGUUUUAGGGAUCAAUCAUAUGUACCACCAUCCUGCGUGGAGACGAACCAAGGCUUGCACCAAUGAUUCUCCCUAUGAGGGAGCUAUACGUCAAGAUGCACCGUCAUGGUGCCAUGCUCCGUUUGAGCCUGAAGGAGUCCUAAGCUCCAUAUCUGCUAUUCUCUCUACAAUUAUCGGAGUCCAUUUUGGGCAUAUUAUCAUACACAUGAAGGGGCAUUCAGCUCGGCUGAAACAUUGGAUCUCCACCGGUCUUGUUCUCCUCACUCUCGGACUUACUCUGCAUUUCACCCACUUGAUGCCUUUGAACAAACAACUCUACAGUUUCAGCUACAUAUGCGUGACCUCCGGUGCAGCUGCACUCGUCUUCUCUUCAUUGUAUUCUCUGGUUGAUAUAUUGGAGUGGAAACACAUGUUUCUGCCUCUAAAAUGGAUAGGCAUGAACGCCAUGCUAGUCUACGUGAUGGGAGCAGAAGGUAUUUUGGCUGCUUUCUUCAAUGGUUGGUACUAUCGCCACCCACACAAUACACUGAUAGAUUGGAUCCGAGAGCAUGUUUUUAUCAGAGUUUGGCAUUCAAAAAGAGUUGGUGUGCUUAUGCCGAAAUCACUCGACAAGGUUAUCGUUCAUGAAGAUAUCGCCCAGAAUCUCAAGAAAUUGGUUAACGAGCAGGAUUGUCCGCAUUUGCUCUUCUAUGGACCGUCAGGUUCUGGUAAGAAAACCCUAAUUAUGGCGCUUCUCAAGCAGAUAUAUGGUGCCAGUGCAGAGAAGGUGAAAGUAGAGAACAGGGCGUGGAAAGUUGAUGCUGGGAGUAGAACUAUUGAUCUGGAGCUCACUACAUUGUCAAGCACUAAUCAUGUGGAACUUACUCCAAGUGAUGCAGGUUUUCAGGACCGAUAUAUCGUUCAGGAGAUAAUUAAAGAAAUGGCCAAGAACAGACCAAUUGACACGAAAGGAAAGAAGGGAUAUAAGGUGCUGGUAUUAAAUGAGGUUGACAAGCUCUCACGAGAAGCUCAACAUUCUCUGCGGAGAACAAUGGAGAAAUAUAGCUCAUCUUGCCGUCUCAUCUUAUGCUGUAACAGCUCUUCGAAGGUUACCGAAGCCAUUAAGUCUCGAUGUCUUAAUGUGCGCAUAAAUGCACCUUCACAGGAAGAGAUAGUGAAAGUGUUGGAGUUCGUUGCAAAGAAAGAAAGUCUGCAACUGCCCCAGGGUUUUGCUGCUCGAAUUGCUGAAAAAUCAAAUCGUAGUCUAAGACGAGCUAUUUUGUCGCUUGAGACUUGUCGUGUCCAAAACUAUCCGUUCACAAGUAACCAAGUGAUAUCUCCCAUGGACUGGGAAGAGUAUGUUGCUGAAAUAGCAACUGACAUGAUGAAGGAACAAAGCCCUAAAAAGUUAUUUCAGGUGCGUGGAAAGUUGUAUGAAUUGCUAGUUAAUUGCAUUCCACCAGAAGUCAUUCUAAAGAGACUUCUUCAUGAAUUGCUGAAGAAACUGGACUCAGAGCUAAAGCUUGAAGUCUGUCACUGGGCUGCAUAUUAUGAACAUCGGAUGCGAUUAGGUCAGAAAGCCAUAUUUCACAUAGAAGCAUUUGUGGCCAAGUUUAUGAGCAUAUACAAAAACUUCCUCAUUUCAACAUUUGGGUAGAGAAGAGAGGCUCCAAAUUGAGGAAAAGAGGAUAGACUUGCACCUGUACUGUUUUUGUUUUGCGUGAUCCGAGGUUCUGAAGUUAAGGUUUCUGUUUAGUGGGUCGUUUUUACUUUCGAUGUUUCAAACUUUGUUUCCCUCAACUUAACUGUCUUAAUUUCAACGACUAUGGAAGUGGUUUGGCCUAUCAGUCCGCAACAAAAGACUAGCCGAUUC